AUGUCAGGCCCGGCUGAUUCUGAUCCACAAAAAGGCCCCUUGGAGAACAGAGUCAAGGAAGUUCGAGACCCUACCACCACUCCCGUGGACGAGAACACACCUCUUCGGGGCACGAUCAGAAAAGAAGAUACUGCUGUAUCCGCAUCGAGCAGCAUCACUCCCAGUGUAGACGCGUCCGAAGUUUCUGAGAACCCCUUCGCCGAUCCUGCGGUCGCUGCGCACUAUGCCGCAUUGUACGAAAAGGCCAAGUAUGAAUGCCGUCAUGUAUUUGAUCCGAAUCUGCAGUGGACGCCACAGGAAGAGAGGAGACUGGUCCGGAAGCUGGAUUGGCAUGUUUGCUUGUGGGCUGUUGAUCGAGGGAACCUGAGCCAGGCCGUGUCGGAUAAUAUGUUGGAUCAGCUUGGUCUGACGACGAAUGGUACGUAUGUGCAUAUACUUCAACCACGGAAACACCAUCUUCCUGAUUUCGUUCCUCUGCGCGGAAAUCCCCUCGCAGCUCAUUUCGAAAAAGCUUGGUCCGGAUCGCUGGAUUCCGACGCAGAUGACGCUGUGGUCGAUCGUGGCCAUGUGUCAGGUGGCUCUGACGGGGAAAUCGAGCUUCUACGCGACACGCUCUCUUCUGGGAAUGCUUGA